CGAACCGUCGUGUGAGAGCGCGCACACCGGCCGAGGGGAGUGCUGCACCCGACACCUGACAACAACUCACCCACACCUUUGGAAUAUGCUGUUCUUCACUACAAGCCUGUGGCUCCUGCUGAGCCUCCUGGCGCCCGGGAGUUCCGGGGAUGAGUUGGACGGGCCCUAUGGGUACGGUGGAGACGCCGAGAUGGGUGCCCCCUCCUUCCCCCUGGCCAACGAUGUAGGUGAAGCAUCUGCAGACGAGAUAGAGUCGUUGAUGGGAGGCAAGGAGAGCGGGCAAAACCUGCUGGGCCGACUGAACGCCCUACUAGAGAAAAGGGGAUAUGGACACGGAGGGCACGCGAGCCUGACUGACGUGAUAAGCGACCUGUGCCAGGUUACACCGAGACUGGGACGAAUCUUCGAGGUGCACUCGCCAGCAGGAGGCUACAAGUACGACUUAGACGAAGCGAAACACGCCUGCGAACAGCAGGGCGCGACCCUGGCCUCCUAUCACCAGCUGUACGAGGCCUGGCAGGACGGGCUGGAGAUGUGCAAGUGUGGGUGGCUGUCGGACGGGACCGCUCGCUACCCCAUGCAUACAAAGAAAUACCAAUGCGGCACAAUUGGCAUCAACAAGUGUACAUGGCAAGCCACGUACGACGCCUGGUGCUUCCGCAAGUUGAGCAUCUGUGGCUGAAGCACGGAUAUCGUAUCCAGAAAAGUGCACUCUCUAACAUUUGCACAGAUAAUACACAAAGAUACAUUAAAUUUUGGACGCAAUUUUGACCUUUUAUUCUGCUUGUAACCAGGGAUAGCUUGACCUGGCUGAAUGUUUUACUAAAUCAGCAUUGUACUUAGAAGAACUUUAUUGCACAAUUGUACGUGGUACAAUAUAUGGUGACAACUAUGAGCAGUACAAAACGAGGUAUAUAAUAAAACAUGUAUAACAUACCAAUUGCUAAACAAGAAGGGCUAGCAUACGUUUUUGAGUUUUGGUACUCGUCGAAGUUCUUUUUUAGUUUCUUAGAACAAAGCAGUCUUUUAUAUAUCUACCUAUUUUGCAUCUGACAGUUAUUUCAUAUUGGCGAUAGCUGUUAAUUCUUCAUUUAAACAAGGUGCUCUCUGUGUAGUUUAAAAUCAGAAUCAGAAUAAAAUAC